CAAACAUAUGUUAUGCGAAUGUAUCUUCCAAAGAAUUUCUCUUUUCUCUUGCAAGCCUAAUCUGUAACAGAAAACCUUCCUUUCGAUUAACUAUACGACUUCCAUUGCCAUGGCAGCUACUAGUGAUGACUCCAUUUCUGAUUGCUGCCUCUUGUUCUUGUUGUCUCUGAUUUCCAUAUUUGUAGUGCGUAAUCUCAUCAGAACUUACAUAAAACCUAGCACCGCAAUCCGAUGCCCACCUAGUCCACCGGCUCUACCUAUCAUCGGCCACCUUCAUCUAGUUGGCGCUCCAUUCCCACUAUCCUUUCAGACCCUAGCUCGCCGCUAUGGAAACCUAAUGCAACUACGCUUAGUUUCCUCAACCUUCGUUGUUGCUUCAAGUGCUGCCAUAGCUAAUGAGAUCUUCAAAACCCAUGAUCUAAAUUUUGCCUCUAGAUUUGAAAUGGGUCCAACAGAAUACAAUAUAUAUAGAGGAACAGGGUUUAUCGUCAGUCCAUACGGUGCAUAUUGGCGGUUCAUGAGAAAGCUGUGCAUGACAGAGCUCUUUGGAGGUUCACAAUUUGAUCGGUUCAACCAUAUUCAGGAGAAGGAGGUUAGAAAUCUCUUAAAAUUGCUCACCAAGUUAGCGAGAGAAGGAGAGCCAUGCGACUUGAAUGUGGAGUUGGAAACCUUAACAAACAAUUUGAUAUGCAAGAUGGCACUGAGCAAGAGAUUCUCCAACAAUGAUACUGAAGCUAAGAAGAUGAGGAAGUUGGUGUCCGAUAUUAUGGAUACGGGAGCCAAGCUAGGUGUUAGUGAAGUGUUUGGACUUCUCAAGAAGAUUGAUUUACUUGGACAUGGAAAAAAGCUUGAAGAGGCACUUUGGAGAUAUGAUGGAGUAAUGGAGCAGAUCAUGAAGGAUUAUGAAGAAAAUUUGGUGAAUGGUGGAGAAAAUAAAGAGAAAGAUGUGAUGGAUAUUUUGUUGCAGAUUUACAGGAACCCAAAUGCUGAAGUGAAGUUAACAAGAAUUCAGAUCAAGCAUUUCAUUCUAGAGCUGUUUAUGGCAAGUAUUGACACAGAAUCAGCAGCAAUACAAUGGACAAUGGCAGAGCUAAUCAACCGUCCCAAGGUUCUCAACAGGCUAAGGGAAGAAAUUGACUCAGUUGUGAGUUCCAGCAGGCUAGUCAAAGAAUCGGACAUCCCAGAUCUUCCUUACCUGCAAGCCAUUGUUAAAGAAUCUCUAAGACUGCACCCUCCAUCAGCUAUGAUAAGCAGAGAAUGCACCCACGAUUGCAAGAUCGAUGGAUUUGAUAUAAAAGCCAAGACUAGAAUGCUGAUCAAUACCUAUGCUAUAAUGCGUGAUCCAGACAUGUGGCCUGAUCCCGACGAGUACAUGCCAGAGAGGUUUCUGAUCAACGCCACUGGCAAGUUUGAUCGACAUCAGAUGGAAAUGAAAAGGCGCGAAUGCAGCUACCUUCCAUUCGGAGGUGGAAGGAGAGCAUGCAUUGGUUUUGCACAUGCUUAUACCCUGAUGCACACCACAAUUGCAGUUUUGGUGCAAUGCUUUGAUUGGAAAGUUAAAGAUGGGGAAAAGAUUGAUAUAAAUGUCUCCAAUGGAUUCUCAGGAACUAUGGCACCUCCUCUACUGUGUUAUCCUAUAACACAUUUCAAUCCAUUUUAGAUAUAGAUACCUGUUGUUCUUAUAUGACUCCAUAAUUAAGAACACAGCAUCUAUAGAAACAUUUCUUAGUGGUCUAUAUAUAUAUAUAUAUAUGUAUCAUGUAUUGUUAUUCAGAAUUCUACUUCUUAUUGCACAUUGACAUGGCACAACUAUACACAAGUGUAUUUCUCCUCGUAUACCUUUCAGCUUAAUUAUGAGAACAUUUGUGUGCAAUGAAUCUAAGCAA